AUGGAGAUUACAAGGUCCUCUGAUGGAAUUAUUUUGUCUCAAUGCCAUUAUUUCCUUGAUUUGCUGAAACGUGCCAACAUGGUUUCUACUAAACCACUUACCUCACCAAUGGUCACCGCAUCCAAACUAUCGAAACACAGUGGGGAUUUGCUCGUUGAUCCUUCAGAAUAUGGAUGUCUAGUUGGGGCUUUACAGAAUGUUACUCUAACUCGCCCCAAUAUUUCUUUUUCGGUGAAUAAGGUGUGCCAAUUUCUCCAUGUUCCUACAAUAGUUCAUUGUGCCAUAGUAAAACGUGUUUUACGUUAUUUGAAAUUCACUUUGGAUCGUGGACUUCAUUUUUAUUCCACCUCUCCUCUGUCACUUCAUGCCUUUUUCGAUGCUAAUCGAAUAGGGUGCUUAGAUGACAGACGUUCCACUGAUGCUUAUGCUAUGUUUUUGGGUCAUAACCUCAUUGCCUGGAGCUCCAAGAAACAAGCCAUGAUUGCAUAA